UUGUGCCUGCCAAUCAAAAUUUUGACUAAAAUUAUUUUAUUAUUUUAACCUCCCUCCUCUAUCAAAAUUCCCAGUCAAUCAAUCAACUACCUAUUUGCUUUUCGCUCCAAAGGACCACUUAAGUGAAACCCACAAUCCAACUGAGUUUGCUAGAGAAACGCUUCGGUCCGCCAAAGAAAGAGUCAUGAUGAAAUCGAAAGAGUCCGAUGAGCUCAGCGCCUGUCAGCGCAUCAGUUGCAAUCGGUUAGGCAACGCCAUUAGUGGCACUCGGUGCGUCAUCUCGAAGGACUUUGUGUUCGGCUGUAAGCCGGAGCAGAGAGACUCGUUUCAGCCGGCACUGGUCGAGCCCACAUGGUGUGUCUAUAUGCGGCCUAAAGAUAAUGUGGAUAUGGCGCACUAUAUAAAUCGGGUUACAUUUCGCAUGUCGCCACGCAUGCCGUUGCGCCUGCAGGUCGCCGACUGCGCCCCCUUCGAGAUAACCGAAGUGCUCGCCUCCGACUUUCCCAUCGAGAUGGUGGUGCAGUAUAUCGAUACCAGAAUGACGCCCACCAGCUAUGUCUACAAGCCGCCCGGCAUUAUAAAUGUUAAGUCCCAUCCGAAUCGGAGCGUGCAGAUUGGUGGUGAGGAGCACACCGAGAAGAUGAUUUUCGUAAAUCCAUCCCCGACUAUGCGCCACAGUCUGACGACGCCCACGCUUGCGUCUCUGAAGACGCCACGGUUGACAAGCUUCAGAUCGUACACCUCCACUCCUCAGGUCGGCGAUAUUGCGCCGCCCACAAAUCCUACAAAGACCAAAGCCAGCAAACACGAGCCCAAGUCAAAGAAAGCCAAGAAAGUGACCUAAGCUCUUCCCAAAACUUGUGCCAAUCGGAAAUGGUGACUUGUACAACUGCUGGAUUUAUGUGCGUUAAGACAAUGGAAUUC